AUGGAUUCGAAUUCGCCUGUAAAACAAUCGAUCGUCUGCGACUUGUUCGAUCCUACAUUGGUGCUGUGUACAUUAGGAGGGAAGCUAUAGAAUUUGGAAGGCCAUAUAGUACAUAUGCUUGCGCGUACCCUAAAAGAAGUGCCUGUUGAGGCGGCAUUUCUUCUCCCGGUUGUCGUGCUUCUCAAGCUUUAUGAAAGCCUCUACAAAAACGGAAAAUUGCACGUUAUUAAUGCUGGCUGGAGUGACAUCGAUGGUUUCAACCGGAUUCUCAGCUACCGAAACAAAAGGUGCUCAUGCUUAUCACUGAAGACAUUCAAAUUCUUGCCGAGCUUUUGUCGGCGCUUUCGGAAGCAGCCGGAGCACCAAGAUAACUAUGCCAGACUGAUCAGUCUGCUUGGCUAUUCGCCGCUUGUCCAUGCACACGAUAGCUGUGUUUUUGCGUGCCCACCGCCCUUACUGCGAUGGCCACUUACUGUUGAUCAAAGGAUGACAGUUCAUAAAUUAUUCAGUGCUCUGAUGCAGAAUGGUUACUCAACUGAUAAGUGUUUGGUCAAUCAGGUGAGACAUCGAAUGCAUGAUCGCAGUAUCCCGAAGGAUGUGGCACUCUAUGAUUGUGCGUUGAAUUUAGGUUAG